ACAAGUAGUAACUACUACCUAGUGUUAGCAUCUAUUUAAUCACGUCGAUUUUAGUUGACGCUAUUACUGGAUCCUAGAUUCUACCACAUAGAUCAGUGGUCGCCAACCUCUCAAUGUGUUGAGCUACUUUGUUAAUUUUGGAAUAAACAGCGAGCUACCCACACGGAAGCCACGUAACGCAACGUAAAUGAAAUAAUCCACAGUUAAUUUAUCAUUAUAUGUAUUUAUUUUACUAUUUAACUGGUAAUAGAUAAUACAUAGGUACUAAUAAUAAACUAAUAACAAAAUAACUAAUAUUACUAGUACGUACUUGUUCAUAGCUACAUUCCUACCUACCAAACGAAGGUGUUUGAAAAAUAAACACAAACUUUUAUCCAGCCACAACGGCAUGUCACGUAAGAUUUAAAAAUAGUUAAUAAUAACAACAAAAAAGUAACGCACUAUCAUGAACAUAAACAUUGAAAAAUAAAAAAGCACGUUCAAUGAGAAGGCUGACACUCAGACUCAUCGAUAAUUUUUUUAAUAUUUGCAGUAUAAUUUGAUACAGCCAUUCGAAUACAUUUAUCCAAAUGUUCAUCUGUAAGUCGAUUGCGAUAUUUGUUCUCAAUAAACUUCAUAUUGGAAAAAGAAGAUUCACACAAAUAGGUUGAACUGAAUAAUGCUUUCACUUUCAAGGCAACACAGCAUAGAACUGAAUAUUUGUCUUUACUUACAAUAGGCCAGAUACAUUUGGUACUUGAGACUAACGAUUUUAAGGCUAAAUCAUUUUGAAACUCAAUUACUUCCAUUUCUGUUGCAGCGAUGUCUUCGCCAAAGUUCUGCAUAACACAAGUUGCAAACUGUUGGAUAUCAAUUUCCAUAAAGGGUGAAACAACAAACUGCGCUACUAAAGCCAUUUCGUUGAAAUCCUUAAAACAAUUUUUGAAGUUAUUCUUCAGGGUAGAAACUAUUUCUACAUGAUAUUUGCUGUCAUAGGGUUCUAAUGGAUUCUGAGAUAUUUUUUCUGAAAGAAUAGGAAAAUGCUUGGCAUCGCUGUUAAUUAGGUUUUGUUCCCAAAACUCCAGCUUUUUGAUAAAUGCUUUUAUAUCAGAAAUCAUUUCCGCUAGUUUUUUGUCUCUCCCCUGAAGCUGCAAAUGAAAUUCAUUUAAUUUCUCUGUAAUGUCCACGAGAAAACCAAAAUCUCUAAGCCAGAUUGAAUUUUCUAGUUCCAGAGUCGGAUUAUCGCGUUGUUUGAAGAAUUGAACUAUGCCAGAUAGGACAUCAUUAAAACGUUUCAGCGCCCGUCCUCUACUUAACCAUCGGACUUCAGAGUGAAGGAGUAGGUCCCCGUAUUGACAGUCAACUUCAUCGGCCAAGGUUUUGAAUAAUCUUCUUUGUAACGCUUGAGCUCUAAUCUUGUUCACCAUUUUUACCACCAGUUUCACAAUGUUGUUUAGUUUCAGGAAAUUUCCACAUAAUGCUUGCUGAUGGAUAAUGUAGUGGUAACAGAGAAAUAGCGGAAAAGUUUUAUCUUUACGACAUAACGCCACCAGACCCUUAUCACAACCCACAAGAGCUGGAGCGCCAUCGGUUGUCAAGCAUACCAUUCUCGAUAUUGGAAUUUUCUCGGAAGAAAUAAUAUUUUUUAAAUGAGAAAACAACUCAUGUCCAGUAGUGUGUCCUUUCAGUGGAAUAAACUUCAAAAGAUCUUCUUUAAUCGUAAAAUCACUAAAAACCGUCCUAACGAACACGGCCAUCUGGGCAGUGUCAACGACAUCUGUUGAUUCAUCAAGUUGAAGUGAAAAAUAAACACAGUUAUCUAAGUCAGUUCUUAACUGUAAAAAAAUAUCAUUGCUCAUUACUUCUACACGUCUCAUCACAGUAUUAGCAGAAAGUUGCAUAGAUUUUAUAGCUGAAACUGUCUCGUCUUUAUUCCUAAAGUUUGCAAAUAACGAAUCAGCAGCUUCUAAAAACGCCUGUUUUAUCAUUUCCCCGUCUUCAUAAGGUUUCUUUUUUUGUGCAAUUAUCUGGGACACACGGUAAGAUGCUUCAGUUGCAGACUUAUUUUUGUCGACUGUUCUUAAAAAUAUUGAUUGUUGUCCAAUUAACUGUUUUUUUAAUUGUUUCAGUUUCUCCUUUCUGGCGGCAGAAUGAUUUUUCAAAAUUAGAAUAUACAGUUUUAUGAUAUCUCUCAAUAUUUCCUUUUUUAGCAACGGAGACCGAAGUAUUACAUAACAAACACACAUUUUCAUCUUGAACUUCUGUAAAAAAGUAUUGUUCUUCCCAUUCCGAAUGAAAGUGGAGAAGGAAAAUUAUAAUAUUGACCCUCUACAAAUCGGUGUAACAAUAGGCACUGAGUGGGUGAGCCAAUUUAAUAUCACGGAAGUGUCCAAAGUUAAUGACCCAAAUGCGAAGCUUAUUCUGUACAACAACGUGAAGCAAAGUUACUAUUUACCCGAAGGUAACAUAAGGUCUCUUAACCUUGAGGUAUUAAAUCAUGCUGACAUUUACAAAAAAGAGCCUGAGUUUUUUUACAAAGAAGUGAGACAAAAUUUGAGUACUGAAGAUGUUGAUAUAAGUAUAUCAUUAGGAUCUGCUGGAGAAAUUCUUCGCAAAGUUGAUUUUAGUGAUUUGUCAAAGAGAUCAUACAUUGAUUACAAUGUAACUUAUAUAACAAUAGUUAACAUUACCUAUUCCAGUGAAAAGAGUAUUGAGCAAAUCCAUCAACAGUAUCCUGAAUUGACUAAAAUCCAGAUGCCGCUAUUAGGAAAUGAUGUUCCUGGUUUAAUACCUCUUGUAAAUAGUACAGGAGAAGACGAUACAAGCUGUAAUAUUGUAGAGUGUUUUACAAAUACUGAACCUUCAAGCAAAUAUGAUAGUUACAACCUUUUUGAUACCAUAACUGUUUACAACGGUUUAGAUAUUGAUGUCGCUUCUAGUUUUUCUGUUGAAAAAAAUGUAGAUGGUAAGAAUUUAUACUCAGCCAUUUCCCUUAUUAAUUUGCAAUAUAAGGUAGUUAUUGGUGAGCACAGAUGUUAAUUUUUGUUUUGUGAUUGAAAUUUAUUAAUUAAAAUAUUUUCUAAAUAGAAUGUAUUUUAUUUCUUAGACCCU